GUUCCCAGAAGGUCAAAUUCACAUCUGCCGCAGCGUUUACGGGUAGAAACCUAAGCUUCCGUUUAUGAUAUUAUACUGCCCGACACCGUAGGCCCUCAGGCCUCUAAAACAUUGGCUCCUUAGAAAAACAUGAAAAACGCGCCCGCGUACAGCUCAGCACAGUAGUGGCUCCUUUUUCCAUCAGCCUCACCCCAGACCCAACACCCAACCUCAUUAUCUCGCCCACACUUUUUAUGACCAACAUCACACAGCUUCGCUUUCUCCCAAUCUUCUUUCUCCUCUAAGCUAACACACAUUACACCAUAUCCACUUCCACGCCCUCCCUCCUCUCCCUUCGCUUUUCCUCGCGCGUUCGCGUCCUCCCUCAUACGGUAUCUCAGAACUCAAAAGACCUCUCGCACGACACCCUAUUUCGCCAUGAAUCGACAAGGUUCUCCAUUCACCGCUAUUCUCCAUUCCACUAUUAAUACUACCAGCGAUCAAGCGAUAGGCUAACGAUUUUGCUUCGAUUUGCUUCGGCAACUCAUACACUAUCAGGCCCCGGACCCCAAAUGAGAUUGGCGAGCUUUCCCCAAGCUUCCUCUGCUGCUUCGAGAACUGUCGGUAGUAUGCCGAAUGGUAAAUUAGGUUCGUGCGCAUCGGUACAUCUACGGAGACUGUUUACGGCGCUCACUUCCAAGCUGGGAGCGGAUAGCUGACCCUAGCCCGGUGAGAGUCGCAGGUGGUAGUGGAUGGCAGGGCGGACCGCCUGGAGUACCCAACCCCCCAGGAAGCAGGCCAGGUUCAGGCUUAACAUUUUCGCAAAGUGGGCUCUCAAGUCCUCUGGAUAUGAAGUUAGUCCCAAUUGGUUCAUCAUUCCCAUUUCUAUUCGUCUCUGGUCACAAACGGAGGGUUGACAGGUUCCGGUUUGGUUUGCAGUGAUUUUCCCGCCCUGGGAGGCCAACCCCAGAAUCCGAACGUUCAACCAUGGAAUAGAUUGAACACCCAAUCCCCUUCAGCGCAAAAUCGGCCCCCCCAGCCAGAAGACAUUUUCGCCAACAUGGAUGGAUACAGAAUGAGCGGUGUUGGUGGCGUUAGUGGCCAGGCACAGGCUAGGCAGGCAAUGCAACCAAAUAGCUUGGACGAUUUCCCAGCACUGCCUAGGACUCAGGGAAACGGUGACGGUAUCGAGGAUCGGGGGUUCAUAUCUUUAGCGGGUCUGGGUGGUGCUGCACAAUUUGGCGUACGACAAGGAAGUCUCAGUGCCGGAAGAUCUGGGCUUGUGAUGGGCGGUGGCUCCCAACCUAGCAGACUACUAGACUCCGUAAUUCAACAGACCGGGAAUGUCCAGAUCUCUGAUCUCGAGAAAAAGGUAGCGAAUCCUGAGUGCUGUUUAGCUAGAAGGGAUAGGUACUGACGAUCCCUUAGAAUCUGAUGAAGACUAGCCUCACUUCAAUGGUAACGAACGGAGCCCCGGGUCCGCCAACUAAUAUCUCCUUAUCAAACAUCUCACGACCUAUAUCACAGCAGGCUCAGCAUUCUUCACCAGCGCCCGGCGUGCAGAAUCCUGUUGGUCAUUCCUUAGGAGCGCAGCAACAACAAGCUCAGCAAUCUAAGCUACCUUCUAGUCUAACUAGUGUUGACUUUGGGGGCAAUCAGUCGAAUCCCGUGCAAACGCCGGGGAUGGGGGAAACCGAUAGGUUUGGUCUUGGCGGGCUCCUGAGCUUGAUAAGAGGAGAGAGCGGUGAUUAUUCAAUGCUGGCGUUAGGGCAGGAUCUGACACAAUUGGGACUCGAUCUGAACCAGCCCGAAGCGCCUCUGUAUCCUUCUUUUGCGUCUCCCUGGGCUGAGGUUGAUUCCAAACCCGUUGAACCCGAAUAUCAACUGCCACCUUGCUACACUGUGCAAAACGUGCAAUCACUCGGCGCCAAGGUCUCGAGUUUCUCUGACGAAACGUUGUUUUAUAUUUUCUACACAAUGCCGAGGGAUAUAAUGCAAGAAGUGGUCGCGGCAGAGCUGUAAUAAUUACCCAUCUCCCUCGAAUCCUGUCACUCCCCCGCUAAUGCUUUUGUCCUCUCUUUUAUCUUCUUCCCUUUAAGCAAAGGUCUUCGAGAAAUUGGAGGUACCAUACAGCGCUCAAACUAUGGUUAACCAAGGACAACGCUAGCGACAUUAGGCAGAUAUCCGAAAAUGCUGAAAAGGGGAUAUAUGUUUUCUUCGACCCGAAUUCGUGGGAGAGAGUAAGGGUAUGUCCCCUUUCAGAAUGUGAUCACGAGCAAAGUUGACCUGAUCCUCAAUAUCCCAACGUUCAACAGAAAGAAUAUGUCCUCGAUUACACAUUCUUAGACCAUAGGGCAGCUCCGGGUAUCAUAAACGGUUGAUAGCCUGAGGGUACGCAGCUGGCCAUUGAAUUUAGUGGGACUUCUUUAUCCUCUUGCGUCAACCGGGAGGGGAGGGCAUUCUCUCAGAUUUUUCCAGUGUUCCAGAUAUGCGAACUUCUGAUUUCUUUUUUCCCUUUUCGUUCAUUGCACUGUGGGUCUGGUUCGGAUUUGGUGUAAUCUUUUGCUCCUCAAGGUCUCGGGAAUGCAGCUCCUCCCUCACUCUUUGCUCAGAAAACAAUUGAAACGGGCAAAAAAUACAUAAUGC